GUACUCGAGCACAGAACACUGUGGGUUGACAGUGCCGUGAGAACGUUGGAUACCGGUACUUGUAUCAUCGGAUGCUUUCCCUCCUGCGAGGUGGCCCUAUACCUCCCCCCCUUCUCACUCGUUCUGCUUAUUCACGCUGACCUCUCGAUUACUCUGCGCCCUGAGCCUCUUCCAGCUUCUCCCAUCUUCCCCUUUCUCCACCUCCUCAUCGUCAUCAUCACCCCUCUUCACUCACCCUAAAAACUCCCCUCAUUGCUAGACAAAUAUUGACUCCCUUCCUGAGUUCCCUGCUGCUAUUUAGGGCCCGUUUUAAUUCUCGGUUCUCGAUAUUUCUCCGCUUGCUCCCUGGUCCCAAUUUUUUUGUGAUAUUGCGGAUUAUCCGACACGCAUACACAUACCUAAUUCUCUACACCACUGUGGAAGAUGUCAGGCACCGAGGCCACUCGUUCUUUCGACACCUCGUCCUCGGGUUUGGUUUCGGGGUCCCCUGAGAAGGGCAGCUCCGAUUCUACACCCAUAUACUCUCCUAAACCAAAGAUUGCUGGGAAUGGUUACCACUUCUCUGGGUCCAAUUCGAGCAUUGAUCAAUCGAUGAACAGCAUUACUCCACCGGCUCAUGCUUCGCCUACACUUCUUGCCCUGAAUCCCAUGCCUCGCUCGGACUUGACAAUGCUUCUAGGUGCCGAGGGACAGGUUCCUCCUUCGAUUCUUACUCCGGCGUUCACGCCUCCCACAACUCCCAGUACUCCACUCAUAGGGCCAGUAGCUAGCAAAAUCCCACCAAAAUUGAUGCAAGAGCUGCCCAAGGUCAACUGCGUAGUCAGAGCUAGGAUUCCGACGUAAUUACCCGACCUCACAAUCUGCCUCUUGCGAAAAAAAAAAAACACGCUAAUGAAUUAUCCUCCCAGCACCACGGGGACCGAAAUAUUUUUGCACUUGUACCAAAAUAACAUUGAUAACAAAGAACACCUAGCCAUCGUUUUCGGGAACAAGAUCCGCUCUAAAUCCCUCGACGCCCCGCGUGAGGGGGAGACCGAACUAGACCGUAUGAUCAGAGGCGCAUACACGGGCAGACUCUUCCCCGGUCGUACUUCCUCCCGCGUCGAUGACUCCCCAAUGCCCUCCCGGGUUCCCAGCCGCGCAGCUUCCUCAACAGCUCUCCCCAAGAUGGCUUCCACUGCCAAAUUAGCCACCUUAGAAAGCAGUACCCGCACUGUUCCCCUCGUCCGCAUCCACUCGGAAUGUUACACCGGUGAAAUCGCAUGGUCCGCUCGCUGCGAUUGCGGCGAACAGCUAGACGAGGCCGCCCGUCUCAUGUCCUUGGAUCCAGCUGGCGGGGUGGUAGUCUACCUCCGCCAGGAAGGCCGCGGAAUCGGUCUCGGGGAGAAGCUGAAAGCAUACAACCUCCAGGACCUAGGCAAUGAUACGGUCCAGGCAAACCUCAUGCUUCGACAUCCCGCCGAUGCGAGGAGUUAUGGCCUUGCCACGGCUAUAUUGAUGGACCUGGAGUCGGUCAAUGUUAGGCUUCUCACAAACAAUCCCGACAAGAUUGCUGCUGUUGAAGGGCCGGGGAAGGAGGUUAAGGUUGUGGAGAGGGUGCCUAUGAUUCCACUUGCAUGGCAGAAUUUGAAGGGCGGGGUUACAGGGAAGGAGGUGGGUGACUAUUUGAGAACCAAGGUAUGUGUCUCGUCAUUGAGGUGGGGGAAGAGGAGGGAAACUGACGGAUGGGAGCAGGUUACUCAGAUGGGUCAUUUGCUUGACCUGCCGACCGACGGAAACUAG